GGUGAAGCCUCGGCUUUGGAGUGGUUAUCAUGGCCGGAAAUUUUGACGCGGAGGACCGUGGCAGCUGGUACUGGGGUCGGUUGACCAGGCAGGAGGCUGUGUCUCUUUUGCAGGGGCAGAGGCACGGCGUGUUUCUGGUCCGGGACUCCAUCACCAGCCCCGGAGACUACGUGCUCUCGGUAUCAGAGAACUCCAAAGUCUCGCAUUACAUAAUUAACAGCAUCUGCAACAACCGACAAUCCGGUCCAGGUUUGGCCCAUCCGAGGUUCCGAAUCGGUGACCAGGAGUUCGAAGCUCUCCCCGCUUUGCUAGAAUUCUAUAAAAUUCACUACUUGGACACCACCACCUUAAUAGAGCCCAUCAACAAGUCCAAACACACUUCCUUCAUCAGCGUUGGACCUGGGGGGCCCCCGCCGCGCCUGGAAGACGAGUAUGUCCGAGCACUUUUUGAUUUCCCUGGCAAUGACGAGGAGGAUCUCCCAUUUAGGAAGGGCGAUAUUCUCCGAGUUCUGGAGAAGCCAGAGGAGCAGUGGUGGAACGCCCAGAACUCUGAAGGCCGGGCGGGGAUGAUCCCAGUGCCAUAUGUGGAGAAGUACCGGCCGGCGUCUCCAAAUUCGGCGGCGGGCCCCGGUGUACCUGGUGGACCGCCAGGAGGAAUGGGGAUGCUAGGGAACUCUGACGGCUCUGCAGCCCCGUCUGGCCCUCCGCUGCUGGGAGAUCCCAGUCAGUACGCCCAGCCCACACCCCUCCCGAAUCUCCAGAACGGACCUGUGUAUGCCAGGGCCAUACAGAAGAGGGUGCCCAAUGCCUACGACAAGACCGCUCUGGCAUUAGAGGUGGGCGAUAUGGUGAAGGUGACCAAAAUAAACGUGAACGGCCAGUGGGAGGGCGAAUGUAAAGGCAAACGUGGUCACUUUCCCUUCACGCACGUCAAACUGCUGGACCAGCACAACGCCGAGGAUGAGCUCAGCUGAGAGCGGACAGCCGUGCCGCAACCUGGACACUAGUACUAGACCCUUCCUCACCCCCCUCCCUGUCCUUCCUACUCCACACGCUCACCUGCUCCCCCUCCCUCACGUCUGCUCCAGCUUUUACCUGCACCAAGUACAGUUUCAGAGAAUCACUGAGAACAAAACAAACAGGCCCUCGUCGGACCCUCGUACCGCACACACCCUCCGUUUCUACCCCUCUGAAUAAUCACACCUGCCCGUCUGCACCUGCUCUGACUCACUAACCUAAGAAUGGGUCAUAUACUCUCCAGUGGAUCUGUAAACUGAAUCUCCCGUUCCACGGAUGUGGCAACACCCUUUAGAUCCUCCUCUCGUCGUGUCCGUGUCUCGGACACACUAUCAGCUCUCACUCCUCAGGAGACGCCUCGCCGCAGAGUUCAGCCACUUCCUCUUCCUGUGUCGGAGCCAGUAGAUAAACUGCUCAGAGCUGUGUCAUUUCUCACCCUCGUCCGUCGCCAUGGUUGCAGCGCUGUAGGAUCACUCAUGCUGCAUUCAUCUCAGAUGGGAAUACAAUAACAAGUUAAAGAGGAACAGCACCGUUAUCAUGUGUUUUCGCUCGUUUAGAGCUGUUUCGGUGGCAUUAUAGAAUUUUUUUUACAAAUUUUGUUAAAAGCAAUAGUUAGGCAUUUUUCGGAACGUGCUUGUUCAUUUUCUUGCCAAGAGUUAAAUGAGAGGAUAAAUGCGACUCUGGGUCUCUAUGGUAAAUAUGAAGCUAUUACCAGCAGUUGAUUAGCAUAGCUUAGCAUAAAGACUGGAAGCAGGGGGAAACUGCUAGCUUACCUCUGGGCUAACAUUGGCCUGGGUGAUAUUAGACUAAUCAAAUAUCACGAUAUUUUUGAAUACCGAUAUUGUGACGAUAUUGUAUGGUUAAAUGUUGGUGCUCUCACAAAAUACUUAAAUGAUGACAUUAAUAAUGACCAAUUGGGUUAAGAUAUUAAAAUAGAAAAGUCUGGUAAAUUAAGAGAAUUAUGUACAAUAUUGCGAUAGCCAAAAUUUAAGACAAUAUCUACUUUUUCAUUACAAUAUUGAUCUAAUAUUGAUAUAUUGCCCAACCCAAGGCAAACAUAACAAAAUCCACAUACCAGCACCUCUAAACGUCACAAAUUAAAAUGUUGUUUUUUGUUUAAUUUGUAGAAAAGCCAGAUGGAAAUGAUGUGUUUGACUAUUUCUUGGGUGGAACCAGUUGCCAGGAAACCAGCAUCCAAUAAUCCAGGUCAUAAUCUUUAUUUUAAUGUUUGCUGUAACUCUGUUAGGGAUUACAGCAAACUUUCAUGUUUUUUUUUUCUUUUAACCAUUUGUAUCAUUCUGUGUCCCCUCUUUAAAGUGGGAGGUUUUUUCCUCAGCAGCAGUUUGUGACUCUGAGGGUUGAUAAUUGAUGUGUCAGUCAGCUCAGAGCUGAUCUGAUCAGCACGAUGAAGUAGAGGAGCUGCUCCUGCAAGUGAAUACAAACUUGUAGACCUGGCAAAAUGAACAGUUAAGUUUCACCUGAUGUUCUGCUGCUCCGUCUGUGCCCAGAGUACGCUCUGCACUCCCAGAGUGAUGCAACGCGUAACAGAAAGUUAAUAUAUAUUUUAGCACCGGUCCAAAUGAGUGUUCCAGGUCACAAAAAUAUCAAAUCUGUUUGAGCAGCACAAUUAUUAGUAUCUAUUAAUAGGAGAUAUUUCCUCCUAUUAUGUUUACUACAUAAACAUGAAAAUCGCAUUCAUCUUCUCGUCUGACCAGGCAAGAAAGUGAACAAGCUUAUUUUACCAACUAUUUUUUUAAUCUGCUCGUUUCACACUUACAGUGCAUGCAUGUAGUGAGAGAUGAAUUUGAGCACAAAGUUGCAAAAUCAGCCACGCAGAUGAUACAACCAUUGGCUCAAAAAUGCCAUGGCAGCAUUUUUCUUUCCACAUUUGUUCAAAUAGGAAUGUCCUUGAUGUUAUGUCUUCAUUAAAGAAAUAAAAAGCUUAGCAGUCCUGAUCAAUAUUGAAUUCUACAAUGUUAAAGGGAUUUGAAGGAGUUUACAACACCUAACAUUUACAUUCACAACAUGAGACUGAACCAUAAUCUCUGGUAUUAUGUUGAGGUUAUGUAAAGGUUUUGUCAUUUAAAAGUUUGCAUCCACAAUUGUUCGUAUUGGACAUGAAUGCAGCAUUAUUUUUGGGCAACCCAAAGGCAAAGAGCGACGAGAGCAGCAAGGCUCGAAUCCAGCUGCAGCGACUUAACACCGGGAGAGGAAUAACAAAGAAAUAAAAGAGGUGUACAGUUCUCAAGGAGCAGACCAAGGACCAGUCCAGCACCCAUACCGAACGGAGAAAAACAAAACUGAGACCAGCAGCCAGGAUCUCACGUAGUUCUCGCCGUAGAACAGGCCCCCAGCUGUGAACCCUGAGAAACUUCCAGACUAUUGUUGAGGUGGAGAUAAAGGCAACACUACAUUCAACCUCUCCGCACCUUCCACCUUGGCUCACCUCAGCCCCAUCCACCCAUCACCUACGACCAAGUACCACCAAGUAGUCUUUUGUAAGAAGAAAAAAAGAACAUAUUGUUAUGAAAUGAUGUACUAUGUGAUUAUCAUUACAUGCUAAAAUAUUUUUUGUUAUCUUUGUAGUUUUUCUUCAUAGCGGAUUUUGUGCGGAAGGAAACGAUUUCGGUGUACACUUUUUACCGCUGCAUGUUGGGAGGGAGCGAUGGGUCGCUGGUUGCAAAAUGGAUAAACUGACUCGAAGAGGGGCCACAUAUUGGGCCCCCAGCCCUCACGAGGCCACAUGUGUUAAUUCUGCAUCUGAUGUACAUGAAUGAAGUCGAACGGGGUGAAUGUAGGCUGUCCACCAUGUUAGUUAGUACUGUCUUCUCAUUAUUAGUGCUCCGCAUUCAGCUGAAUAUACCUUAGAAAAACAGACCGCUGUGUGUUCAAAUGUGUCCGAGAAAAGAGGUGGUGGUAUUAUUUGGUACCUGCCCUUUGUUUUUUUGUUUUUUUUUUAAAUAAUAUUGUCGCCACCUUGCUCCAUUUUGUUCCUUUUAAUCCUCUCGUUUGUCAGCCUGUGUUUUCUUUGUGCCUCCUCGCGUAAUCCUCGACCAGUGUUUUAUUUAAAGCCUCUUCCAUUUAUGAUGCACAAGUCAACAUGGAUUUUUUAAAAGUUUUUCCUCUAACUUCUUCCAAAUUUUAAGAGAUCUGCAAAUUACAUCAUAGUCCAAAUUGCCUUUCCCCCCUCAAGAGCUUGUUUUCUGUUGAUAUUGAAUCAGUCUAUUUGUUGACACCUGACAAUCAGCACCCUCAUGUUUCAUAAAGCGGACUGGUUUGGUUUUUUAAGCCGGCUCUGUGUGGCGUUGAGUUGAGUUGGGCCACUUUGAAUUUGAGCUGUGAGAACUCGCCGUCUCUUCCGAGCGAGGGGAUCGUCUCAGAUGUCAUGGCACGGUAAUUCUGGCCAGCGCACCAUGUCACCUGUAGGUGGCACUGUAACAGCAUGCAAAGACUGGGUCCUUUUGGGAAGCAUAUUCUGCCAGUAAUGGAGAUGAAAUUUGAUUUUUUACAGAAUAUGCACUUAAUGCUUUUAUGCUGAGUUUGCAUGUCAUGCCCUCCGUAGAGGGCUUUUAAUCAUCCUAAAAUGCUCCCACACAUGAUCUUAAAGCCCUGUCUUGCUUUCAUUUUUCAUUUUCAAGCUGGCCAUCUUCCAAAACGAUGUAAUAAUAAUAUUAAUUUAAGAAUAUUUGUUCGGCUUCUUGGGAAAAAAAAUCUGCCCAAGGAAAGGUACAUUUGUGUACUGCCACCUUUGGACACGGUCUAUUUUUGUUUGUGCAGUUAUGAUCAAAUCAAGCUUCUUUGUCACUCACUCUGCACGUGGCAGGUGCUAAGCUACAUAAAUCAUUAUCUUAUAAAUUUCCAAUGAAACCACCAAGAAGUAUUUUUUUAGUAGCCCUGCAUGAAGUCAUUCAUUUCUUUUCAUCAAAAGGAAGGGGUGGCAAAAUGCCAGUGGAAGUUGUGUUAAUAUCAAAAUGUGCCAUUUUAUUAUAACACUAUAUUCUUUCAAGACAAUUGAAAUUACCUUUUUAUUUUCUGUAGCAUGUAAUGUGUUAAUAUACUAGUAAAUAAAGUCAAACCCAUGACAAAUUA